AUCAGCGGGUUGAAUCCGACCUAAUUGCGUAAAAUAAACCUACAACCCAAAUAAUUUUAUGUGGGUAUGGGUAAAAAACAAAUUUGAAUAUUGUGGGUGAUGGAUGAAAAUGAUUUUAUCACUAUCCAACCCAAACCCGCCCGAUUACACAUGUAAUAUGUAUUUUAUCUACAAAUGGUUAUUGUUUUUCUCAUAAUAUUUUAUAGGGCUAAUACCACUGGAAAUACCAACCUUUAGUAAAAGUGUCAUUUAUAUUACGUAAAUUCAAUAAAUACAAAAAUAUUCCAACCUAUCAGAUGUUUCCGUCAUUUGUGUUACGUGAAUUUCUGUUGACCGUUAGAACUAACGGUUGACCUAACGGCGGUCAAUCUUUGACUGACCAUUGAUGAAUAGGCGCCUAUGUGUGCUCCACAUAUGCAACACGUAGAUGCCACGUGGGAAAUUAGAUUUAACAUUUAAAAUAAAAUAUUUAAUUAAUUAAUUAAUUUUUUUUAAUAAUUUUUUUUUUAUUAUAUUUUCUCACCUGUUCCCCUCUCUAAUCUCCAUCACUCGUUCGUUGAUUAGAAUGCCCAACGCAAUUUGGGGAUUAGGGUUUGGGGGUGGAGAUUGUGAGAUCCAAUUCGCCCUCCAAUCUUCCCACCUGUAUUCUCACCCCUACUCUCACUCGACCAUUAUUCCACCAUCAGUAUCAGUACACCAGAACAAUAACAACAUCAAUGAAGCGCCGGUUUGCAGAAUGGAGCCUCCGCCGACUCGAUUUCCCCGUCGGCGACGACAAUAUCCGUUCGUUCGCCGAACAGAUCGUGACUCCCCUACUCCCGACCAUCCGAGCAAAUCACGACGCCCACGUGGACAUCUCAGACCCAGAUCUGGCACACAUCGUGGCAAUUGAUUUCCUCUUCUUAGUCAAGUUGCUUCUGCAGUCAAAUGAUCGGACCCUGCUUAAUUGAUGAACGGCGUCGGGAUGCUCGGAAACCAAUUCCCCAUCUUCUCAAUAAUCGAUCGCAUCAAAUCGAUAACCACCGCUGCUAAUUUCUGCAACCAGCAGAUCUUGUUUUUUGAGAGUAGGUGGGUCAGUUUUGCCAGCGAAUUUCUCCCCUGCAAUGGGCGACGGAGAAGACGGCGUUGCGGGAGGAGCAGCAGCGGCGGCGACCUCAGCAUUUGUUGGACUAGUUGUAACUUCAAUUACUGCUGGAUUAAUGAAAGCCGUGGAUUCAACAACUGGGAAUCAGCUCGAUCGCCUCCAACUCCCCCUCCACUCCACUUGAUUGUCGAUUGAUUCCACCCACCUCGUCGAUUUUGAGAAAUUCUUUUUCUAGGGUUCUUCCUCUAUUCGUAAUCGAGAGUGACGAAGAGGAAAAGAUGAGAACAAAAUGAAUGUGUUACUGGGGCCUCCUCGUUUUUGCAUAUAUAUUUUUUUUGUUUUUUAUAUUUUAAUUGGGUAAAUAUUAAAUAAACAAAUACUUAAAUGUCCACGUCAGCGAACCACGUAGGAUCCUAUUAGGUGAUGACUGGACGUUGAAAAGUCUCACAGUUAAAUUUAACGGCCCAACUAACGGAAUAGACAUUUUGGUAUACAAAUGUCAUAUCGAUAAUUACGUAAUAUAAAUGGCACUUUCGCUAAAGGUUGGUAUUCCCGGUGGUAUUAGCCCUAUUUUAUAUUUAUUAUAUAUACUAUUUUUCACAAAACUGUGUUCUCGUCAACUAAUUUUCUUCUAAUUAGUGGUUUAUUGUUGUGGAUUUUCACUUACAUAAUGUCGAUAUACAUGUAAUUGCUAACAUACUUACGAAGGUAUGAAGGAAAAUUAUCAAAUAUGGAUAACCAUAUACAUAGUAACUCAAUCGAUUAUUGAUAUGAUUUUGAUUUUCUACCCAAUUCUUGCGUAGAGAUAGGUAUGGGUAAAGGUUCAUAUGUUGUUCAAAAUCAAAUAACAACACAAUCCACUGGUAAAAUAUCUCAUAUGACCUCUGGAUAUUAGAGGCAGAGUUGUUCAUUUGGUAUUGUACUAUUGUUCUGCUGUUGUUGAGCUGCAUGCCAUUUUGGAUACUAUUUGAGUUUUUUUUUUUUUGUCUCAAUGUUCUCUGGCUCCGCUAUUAUCAAUUGGCCAUUAUUUGUUUGUGUUCUGUGUUAAAUACUUAAUGCAAUACAAAUCUGUUUGGGAGUUUGGAUGAAUUUUGUCAAAAUAAUAAUGGGCUUAACUAACCAGCCCAAUAAAUAAGCAAGUGAGGCUCGGAUCAUAAGUAGGUAUUUUGCCAAAAAUACCCCUCCGCAAAAGAAGGUAUGCUUCAUGGUGGCUGAGCUGACAAACCUCGAAUCAGCACUCCUGUAUAUAUAUAUGUUUUGAUUUGAUGCAUUAGCUCGAAGAAUUUUGGGGUUUUUGAAGGUACGUUUAUUUUAUUUAUCAGAGGAAUAGUUUUAAACAUUGGGUACUGAGUCGUACUAACUACACAUUCCCAACAGAAUGUCAAGUAUAACUGACGACCGGGUGUAGCAAAGGGAAAGUAAAAUAAUAAAAUUAUCAAACCACAGGUCUCUAGAUGUUUUGUUACUACAACUUAGGUAUGUUAUCUAGCCAACUAGAAUAGUGAUUAAGAUUAAACCAACUACACUAACCUAACCACUACCCUAGCUAAUUGCAAGGUUGGUAGCUCACUUAGGCAAGAAUCCUCAUAGCUCCUCAAUUGGAAUAAUGCUGAGCACUACCC